GAAAAGGUUCAAUUAUCGCUUCGCCGCUUCCCUCUAUUUUUACACUCUUUUCUACAUUUCCCACUUGUAUACACACCCUCCGGGACAGGGAAUAAUAGCCACCUUUCUUGCCAUGGAUCUCAACUCGCUUGUCGGUCUCUUCGACUCCACGUACCACCCGGACGUCAAUGUCCGCAACAACGCCGAGGCGCAGCUGAAGCAGUUCGAGGCCAACGACGGCUUUCUGAGCACAAUCCUUCAGAUCAUCGGUGCUGAUGAGCUCUCGACGGGCACGAAGCAGGCGGCGGCUAUUUACUUCAAAAACCGUGUCAGUCGGGCGUGGUCGGCCAGCCAGCAUGCGCUGGACAACCACGCGCCGAUCAGCGAGAGCGACCGUGCAGCGGCCAAGGAGAACAUCCUGAAGUUCAUAUACGCUACCCCGCACACGAUCAAGGUGCAGCUGACCAGCUGUCUGGGCGUGAUCCUGAACUUUGACUACCCGGACAAGUGGGCCCAGUUCGAUGGGCAGCUGAAGGAGCUGCUUAGCGCACAGGACCCGCAGAUGGUGUACACGGGCCUGCUGGCGCUGCGCGAGCUGGUGCGUCUGUACCGCUACAGCCAGACUAAGCGCACGGUAAUUGACGCCGUUGCCCGCGACCUGUUCCCGCGUGUGCAGGCAGUGGUUGACGAUGCCAUUGGAUCGGACGACGAGCUGGCCAUGCGCAUGGUGUGGGCUGCGUUCAAGACAUACUACGCGGCGAUCCAGGUUGCGCUGCCGGUGGCCCUGCAGGAGCCGGGCAGCCUGGUGGCGUGGGGCACUUCGUUUAUCAAGAUGAUGGAGAAGCCGGUCGCGUUCGACCGCAGCCUGGUCGAUGAGGACACGGCCAAGGAGCCCGUCGUCAACCGGCUGUACAGCCGUUUCGGCAACCCGGCCACGCUGGCGCCGAGCCAGAAGCGCUACAAGACGUUCGCCAAGGUGUUCACAGCCAACUUCCUGCCGCAGAUCAUGCAGGCGUACUUUAAGCAGAUCGAUGGGUACGUGCAGGGAACAGUGUGGAUGUCGUCGCGCAUCCGCGGGCUGGUGUCCCAGAUGAUUGCCGAGUGUGUCAAGGAGAAGGCGGCAUGGAAGCUGGUCAAGCCGCACGUCGAGAGUAUUGUGUCGCAGUACAUCUUCCCGCAGAUGUGCUUCAGCGAGGACGACAAGGAGCUGUGGGAGGACAACCCCGUCGAGUACGUGCAGAAGAAGAUCGACCCGCUCGACGACUUUGGCUCGUCGACCGUCGCUGCCUCCAACCUGCUCAUUGACUUUGCCGUCGACCGCAAGAGCGCGACGCUGAGCAUCAUCCUCAACUUUGUCAACUCGAUCAUCACGCAGUACUCGCAGGCCUCCGAGGAGACACGCAACCCGCAGCUCAUCGACGGCGCCCUGAACAUGAUGGGUGCCCUGUGCGGCCCGCUGUGCUCGCGCAAGUCGCCGAUUUACAGCACGCUGCCCGACUUCCUGCUGACCAACGUCAUCCCGCUGUUCAAGAGCAAGUACGGCUUCGUGCGCGCCCGCGCUCUCGACGUGUACUGCCGCUACAGCAGCAUCGAGUUCAGCGACAAGCAGGUGCAGCAGGGCGUCUUCGAGGGCGUCUAUGGGCUGCUCAGCGAUCCCGAGCUGCCGGUCCGGGUCCACGCUGCGCUGGCCCUGCAGCCCAUGAUCGAGAAUGAGGACAUCCGUGGUCUGCUGCAGAGCCAUCUGCCGCAGGUGAUGCAGAUCGACUCGGACACCAUCACGCACGUCAUCGAGGAGUUCCUGGCGCAGCAGCUGUGUGACACGUUCAUGCGCAUCAUGGGCGACAUCACUGUCAACACGCCUGAUAUCUCCACGGUUGAUAUCGACGAUAUCAGCGACAAGACCAUGGCGGCCAUGGGCGUGCUCAAGACGCUGGGCACCUUGGUGCUGAAUCUGGAGAGCUCGGCCGACGUCGUGUUCAAGCUCGAGGAGGUCAUCUUCCCCAUUGUGCGGUUUGUGCUGGACCAGCGCCUUGUGGACCUGUACGACGAGGUGUAUGAGAUCCUGGACUGCUGCACGUUCGCGGUCAAGACCAUUUCGCCCAACGCGUGGAGCCUGUUUGACGUCAUCUACACCACGUUCAAGAACGACAGCAGCGAUUUCAUUGAGGAGAUGCUGCCGUCGCUCGACAACUUUGUGUCGUAUGGCAUGGAUGUUGUGUCGACCAACAGCGAGGUGCAGUCGCGUCUGUUUGACAUCAUCGAGACUGUCAUGAAGAGCGAGCGCGCCGGCGAGUCCGAGCGCAUCUGCGCGUGCAAGCUGGCUGAGGCGAUCAUGCUCAACGGGCGCGGCAAGGUCGACGGCAUGAUCCCGGGCCUGAUCAGCCUGGCUGCCGCUUACCUGCUGGUCAACGACGCGAUCCAGACGCGCGGCUUCUUGGUUUACACCCUCGAGGUCAUCCUCAAUGCCCUGUACUACAACCCAGUCAUCACGCUCAGCGUGCUCGAGCAGUUCCAGUGGACCAGCGGCAUCUUCACCCGCCUGGUGCAGAGCAUCGACAAGUUCACCCGCGUCAACGACAAGAAGCUGGUGGUCCUGGGUCUGACUUCUCUGCUGUCUGUGCCCGCCGACCAGCUGCCGGCCUCGCUGCAGGCCGGUCUGCCACAGGUGUUUGAGGGCAUCCUGCAGACUUUCCACACUCUGGGUGAGGCUGUUGAGGCCCGCGAUGCGCUGGAGCGCAUGUAUGAUGGCACUGGCGACGACUUUGACGGCGACUACGAGUGGGACGGCGUGCAGGAUGAGCUGGUCGACGACGACCUGGCCGAAGACGAUGCCGAUGAGCUCCAGCAGGAGUACCUGCGCCAGCUCGCUGGCCGGGCAGGCGAGGCCCUGGGCGAGGGUGCCGAGGGUGAGUUUGACGACGACGACGAGGACGACUACGACGAGGCGCUGGAGGAGGAGCUGGCCUUUGAGAGCCCGCUGGACGCUGUCAAGCCGCAUGUGUGGCUCCAGGACAAGCUGGCCGAGAUGCAGAGCAGCAACCCGGCCACCUACAAUGUCAUCGUGCAGAGCCUGAACCCCGAGAAGUCGCAGUUCCUGCAGACUCUUAUGGACGAGGCCAUCAAGCAGCGCUCGGAGCAGCAGUAAAACUCGAUUUCCUAGCCUUUACAAA